UCUAGGGUUUAUGGAAUGGCGAGACAGCCCCUGCCGCUGCUGCCGAUUCGCGAUCCAAAUCUGAGGCGCUGUGUCAAUGCCGCUGGAACGAGCCACGUCCUGGAGAAAUACUGGCAACGAAACCAUGAUGCUCAAAUCUCAAAGCUAUUCCAAUCAUCUGGUACUCACCUCACACACACAGGCAGUUAUUUUGUAGUACCAGUAGUAAUGCUCCGGACCGUAGUUUCCCAUAUAUCCGUUGUGAGACUCGCUGUUUGGAUCAUCGCUGAAAAGCUCGAAGUCGCCCAGGGGCUCGGAUUCGAGGUUGAAGCGCAGGUUCUUAAACCUGACGACCUUGUCGUCGAUGGCUACCCAGCGCUUUGCAGAGACAGAGCUGGUGAGAAGUUCGUCAUCCGAGUAAACUUUAGACUGUUCCAUGAGGCAAACGUAUAGCUCCACCACCAUCCUGUCUUGUCCUUUAAACCCAGAGAAGUAAAGGUUCGUCUCCGUGUACUGCU